AUGGCUGGUUUGGGUGAUCGUAUAGCGGCAAUUCCGCCUGUCACUCGGUUCUUAUCGAUAUGCACCUUCCUUGUGUGUUUGUUAUGUUCGUUGGAGCUUUUUGCAGUGGAGGAUUUUGCCAUUUCUUAUACCCUAGUGCAUGAUCUCUUAAGCGAGGCAUGGAACGUUCAAGGUGGCGCUUUGGCUAAAGUGAGAGCAUGGAGUUUCGUCUUACUUCAGAGUUACCGUUUAUUCACCUCCUUCUUCAUUCCGUUGGGCUUUUUGCUUCGUAACGGGUUCAUGUGCCUUGCAGAGAUGUACUUCUUGUACAACUUCUCUCAGCACUUGGAGGCAAAGCUGGGCAAGUUUAGGGGCAAUUUCCCUGACUAUGUGUGGUUUAUCUUAGUGUGUGGUUUUUUCAUCAAUGUGCUUUCUUUGAUCUUCCAGAAGAUGGGCUUGGUGCUGUUUUCUUGCCACCACUCCAUGCUUAAUGGGUGCAUUACUUAUCUCUGGCUGAGAUCAUAUAAGGAUUUGCAAAUCCAGUAUCAGGGCUUAUUCUUGCUUAAAGCAUACUAUGUGCCUAUGAUGUCGUUGAUGGCACAUAUGGUGUCGGGUCGUGAAGCGUUCCUCUGUGAGAUGAUUGGUAUCAUUGCCGGAUACUUGUACCAAAGCAUCCAGAGUGAUACCUUACCUUUCUAUAACCUUGUUCCUGGCAUUUAUGGUCCAUUUGAUCCAUCUUACAAGAAGGGCCGUAAAGUCGGCUUUGAGAAGGCUGCCGAAGAAAGCAGCUUUCCCGAUGCUAUUUUUGACUUGGGGUAUCUUAAAGCCCCUAAAUGGCUCUACAGAUUAAUUGGGUAUCCAUACGAUACCAGCCAGCGUCUUACAGCUUUCAAAAAGGAAACGAGGCGUGUUGGAGCCGUUCCAGGUAGAACAGAAGAGAGCUACGCAUCCACCACAGGGUUUAAUGCGUUCCAGGGACGUGGGCACCGCCUUGGAUCAUAG